UCACACUUCAGAAAAUAUUUUGCCUCCAUUCUCUCAAAUCUCGAUCCAUUUUCAAACUUGCAGAGCUCGACAACUCUCUCCAGUUUCCGCUUCCCAUCCUCCAAUCUGCUGCCGAUGGAAGCGCCGUCGCUGACUCUGGUAGUUCUGGAGGGCCCUCGCAAAGGCGAGACAUUCGAUUUCCGCCCUGGAUCCACCGUCCGAAUCGGCCGAGUCGUCCGGGGAAACACUUUCGCCAUCAAAGACGCCGGCAUUUCAUCCAAACACCUCGCAAUCAAAUCGGAAUCUGGGAAAUGGACACUCGAGGACCUCGGCUCCUCCAACGGUACGACUCUCAACUCCUCCCAACUCCCUCCUCUUCAACAGCACGACCUCCGCGACGGCGACGAGAUCAAGCUCGGAGAGCUCACUUCCAUCAUCGUCCGACUCCGAGUCGAGAACCAAGAUUCAUCGCCGCCGCAACUUCGAUGCGGGAGGAAGCAGGUUGCUGCUUCGGUUCAAAUCGCACAACCGGAAGCUAGGAUUUCGGCGGAGGCUGAAAACUUGUCCCCAAGCGUUCCGAAAAGAGGGAGGCAAAGGAAAGCUAGGGUUCCGGUGUCUCAAAACACGGAGCCGCCUCUGCCGGUCGUUGGUAGGGUUACCCGUAGUAAGAAGAAUGAACCAGAGCGCUUGACUUCUGAUUGCGUCGAGUCAGGGCUUCCAGAGAAAAAGAGGAAUGCGCCAACGAGAAAGGGAAGGAAAAAGGAGCCAGCCCCGCUGCCGGAGAAUGAUAAUGCUGUUGAUACAGAAAUCAAGGAUGGCCAGCAAUUAGGGGCGAGUUUAGCCGAAGAAGGAGUUGGUGGUAGGAUUAGUGUGGUGGAAAUCAAGCCGAUUUCAACCAGUAAAGCUCGAGAAGGUGAUGCUAACCGGGUUAUCAAGGGAAAUGAAGAUUUAAGGCAUAACUUAGCUGAAGAAGCUCGACAAGCAGAUGGUUGUAAAGCUGUGGCAGAAACGGAGGAGUUGAUUCAGCAGUUGGAUUCAGAUGACCAACAGUGCGAAGCUCCUACCAAAGAUGGGCCCAAUUCAAAUGAGCACAGAGGGUAUAAGAGUGAGGAGCCUGACCUGGAGAAGAUGACUCUUAGGGACUGGUUCCAAUAUAUGGAAGUGCGAUUGACCAAAGAAACUGUUGAGGCUUCUGAGAAGAUGAUCGACGAAAUGAGAAAGAAAGCUGUGCGAGUGCAAGAGUACUUGAUUGAGCAGAAGGCGCGGAACAAAGCAUCUUGACCGUUAGCUAGUAGACUCGGAGGCUGCAGAGCAAGGUAACUGGCUUUGGCAUUUCUAUUGUUCUAUAGGGUAGCUUGAUUGAGGAAAUGCCUAGCUAUAAUCUGUAGAUUGGUUUCUACUUGGCCUCUGCUUGGUUCCUUUUGUAGCUCAAUUCCAUGCCUGUAGUAUAAUAAAUUAAUAAUCGAGAAUGGUUCUCUAUAUUUUUGUCACCGUUCUCUAGAGUGGAUGGAAUCCUAAACUUGUGGAGUCUGUGAAACUGUAAUGGAGAUCGAAGCUAAAUGGGUAUGUAACUUAAUGAUAAAAUUACUGAGAACAAUGAGAAAGAAUCGAUGAACUUCUCUGGUAAACUGUUGUUGGUUAAUUAGACUACUUAAGAUGUCAUAAUGUAGACAGACGAUUGAUGCAAACACUGCAGAAGUCUAUACUGUCGCAAUUACUUUCCAUAAUAUUGCCAUAGAUAGCCGGCAUUGUGACCUGCUGUCCGGUUAUAGCCGGAAUGACUGAUGCUACGAGUUAGUGUGUCGGAUUCUGGUAGUACCUAACCUGAUGGAUUAUGGUACAGUAACAUGAUGCUUCUCCAUGCUGCCAAUACAUUUGACAUCUCUAAGUUUGUAUUGUGUAUGUAGUUUAGUAUGUGACUGAAGUUCCACAACAACUGAAUGUUUCAGGUUAUCAAGAUUAUGCACAAUGCAAUCAUGCUGCUCAAACAACUUGGCGAACAACCAUUUCUGCAAGCGAUACACUGAGAGCCAUUGAUUCCACCGUCACCGAAUUCACCCGAAUGGAAGUCACCGAGCUCAUCUCGUCAAGAAGGCAUAUACAACAUCAACUUCCGAGUUCCGGCUCGACUUCUGCCUCUCGUAGUAGUUUACAGACAGCUCUACCAAACACUUCCCUGCAGAUAGGAUAGGAGCAAUGUGCAAAAUAUACGGUCCCUGCUUUUCGUACCACUAGGGCACAGUACACAUAAUCCAUCCACCAACAUGUAGCGUUAGGUGUGAAAUUUAGUUAUGAGUUUGGUGUAGAACUUGGCCACAGACACAAGCCAAUGGGUUUUGUUUUCAUCAAUAGAAACGGAAGGGGAGUCUUUGCUUUGCUCCAACUUCAUACCGCAAUCAAAGUUCACAUAUGCA